AUGGCAGACCCCCCCUCCGAGGAACCAUACUCCCGAAGCCCCUCCCCUCCCCCCUGGGUCUCACCAACACUCGCUCUCUCCGCCAUCCCAUACCUCGACCGCUCCGUCUCGACCGCCUCGUCCUCCUCCGUCUCUGGGCGGUCGGUCUCCUCCAAUCGCUCGGUCUCCGAAGGCGGCGCCAGCAGACGACGCGGGUACAUGCGGCCCCAGGCUACAGUCUUCUCGGACUCGGCUAGGAAUCGGGAGAGUGUCAUGAGCCUCGGGAGUAUUGCGCAUCUGCAGUACUAUUUUGCGAGGACGGGAUUGUUGGACGGGAAGGGAGGCCAGCUGGCCAAGGCGAGGAAGCCGAGUGGGGCUGGUGGGGUUGGUUCAGAGGGUGCCGGGGGUGAAGACAGUUCGACUUUUCUGUUUUCACCUACUGAGAAGAGCGUAUCGGAGUUUGGACUAUCGCUGGACGAUGCACAGAACGGACUGCUGGUCAGCCCCGACGGCGACGAUGAGACGAGUGGGAGUUGGGAAGAGCAGGAGCCCAUCAUGCUACCGCCGACAGUCAGCACAUAUCUGCAGCGGCCAGUCUACGUCCCACCGCCGCCAAACAUGGCUGUGCUGCGGAGGGAACUGCGGGAGACGCUUGAAGAGGCGGAGAAGGGGCUAUCAGGAACGACAAAAGACGGUUCAAGCACGAAUUCAGAAGCACGCAGAGACACCGCCGCGCAAUGUGGUUCGCCCGACAACACCGCGGAUUUUCAGGGCUGGUACGAGAUUGAAGGCCUCCACAUUCUCGACACGGUCACGCUUGCCAUACGGGCCGCGAGGAACUACUACACAGCGCACGAGCAGCCCCAGCGACUAUACGCCCUCAAGCCAGAGCGUGUGAUCAGGAAAGAGCUCUACCAGACUCUAGAUGUCCUCAAGCGUAUGGCCACACGCAAUUUUGCAGGUGGGGUACGGCAGCCCGAACGGGAGAGUAUACUGGAAUGGAUCGCCGGCAUUGGUAAGCUCCUCGACACCGAUGAGGCCACGGAGCGCGCAGAGGAGCAGGAGCGCGAGAAGUGGAGCUGGAGAGAGGACGACUGGACCGGUCGUGAGCGGGAGCGCGAAUGGUUGUUCCUCAAGUCGUUCGCCCCUGAGCCGGACAUGCUCCCGCGGUGGACGGAAUCAUCAGACGAAAAUUCGCUGCCGACGCCGUUCCUCGAGUCUCUACGUACAGGCUUGAGGUUGGUCCUUUUGCACAACGCGCUAGUCCGUAAGUCGCGCCGGCAGUUCGAGGAAAUCAGAGUAUACCAUACAGACACAGCGAAGCCCUAUCGCUGCGCCGAGAACCUGCGCUUCUGGAUCAAGGCCGCGGCGCUGCGGUGGGAGGUUAAGCUGAGCGUCGACGUUAUGGGUGUCGUGCAAGGGGCUAACGAAGCUGCGUGGAGAGGGUUUGAAGAUGCGCUGUUGGCUUGGAGCAGAGCUGUGAGGGAGGAGAUCACGGCGGAGUGGAGGGAGCAGAAGCAAGUGUCUCAGCGCAAGAUGCCGACGCUAAGGAUUGAUACUUGUCAUGAUGGGCUGGAUGCGACUGAGCCAGUGAUGUCUCCUACAGCAGUUUGA